AUGGCUGUAUUUAAAAUUGAAAAUACUAAUGUAAAUGCUCCUCCGUUGAAUCAAAAUGAUGAAAUUACGAAUUACCAAUUGGCCACAGUUAUCCAUUUAGCUGUCCAUCUUAAAAACGGCCAGCGCAUAUAUUUCACGAAUAACGAUACAGCUCUUGAUCGUGCUAUAAAUCCACCAAAAACUACGCUCACCGAAUUUUUUGAACUGUGCAAUGGUGCGGAUGCUUUUGGUGCCUUUGCACAAACACUGCUCUAUUCUGAAGUUCCACGAUAUUUUACAAGGGCUCAAUCGAACAAAUGGAUGCCUUGCAAGCAAGGGAUACCAGUUUAUGCGUGCCCCGGUUUAUUCAAAUCAAAUAGUUUGGGUCGUAUAUAUACAGUCAAUCCAAGGCAGACUGAGUACUUCUAUCUGCGACUGUUGUUGGUUAAUGUCACCGGACCAUUGUCAUUUCAUGAUAUACGUAAGGUAGAUAGACAACAGUAUCCAACGUAUAAAGAUGCAUGCCUUGCUCUAGGCUUGCUGGAAGACGACAAUCAUUGGGACAGUAUGCUUGCUGAAGCAGCAUUAAACUGCACAGGAACACAAAUUCGUCUACUAUUUUCUAAAGUACUGACUACAUGUUUUCCGGCCCGAGCACAAAUUGCGCUGAGAGAUUAA